AUGUCCUCGUCGGCGCAUCAGCAGCAGCAGCACCAGCCGCCGCCGUCGCUGUCGCUGUCGACGUCGCCUCGCCAAACAAUGGCCACGACGGCAACGUCCACGGCCACAGCGACGUCCACAUCGCGGUCGACAUCGCCGCCCACAUCGCUGUCACAUCAUUCACUCCAACAGCAUCAAAACCAGCAAGACCACCACCACCAGCAGGCACAAACACAACCACAAACACAAACACAACAGCAACACCCCUCCCCGCCCCUCGCGCCGCUCUACCCGCACCUCCCCUCCCCCUCGUCGGAGCGGCACGUCGCCGAGGCGCGCGCCGCCGUCGUCGCCUCCAUCGGCAACAUGCUCGACUCGCAGCUGCAGACGCGCGCCUCGGUGCUGCACGACAAUGCCGCCGCCCUCGACCGCCAGGAGCGCGACGUCCUCGCCGCCACCGAGGGCCUGCGCCGCGAGCGCGAGCGCCUCGCCCGCGAGGCCGACGCCGCCGCCCGCAAGGUCAAGGAGCUCGGCAACGUCCAGAACUGGGCGGAGGUCCUCGAGCGCGGGUUCCUGGUGCUUGAGGAGACGGUGCGCUUGGCCAACGGCGGGAGUGACCGUGGCGAUGGGGGCGAGGACGGGGACGAGGAUGGCAGUGGUGGGGGGAGUAGCUGCAGCUGUAGCUGCUCCGAGUGUGGGAGGGAGGACGAUGGCCAUGUCGGUCCCGAGGACAUGGAUCUGGAUGCGGAUGGGGAUGUGAAUGGCGGACAGGGCGGGCCUCAUGGCAAGGACGCCGAGACGGACGCCAUGGCGGUGGACGCGGAUGGGACGCGCAGCGCGUGGUCCGACACCAGCCGCAGUCUCAUGGAGCCCGAAUCAAGUACAGGGACAGGCAGGGCAAAAGGAUCCGAUACUGCGUCCCUCUCUACAGGGUCGUCGUCCAAGGACGUGACCUAG